CUCCCCGGCGCCCGGCGGAGGAGCCGCCGUUUCCGGAGUACACAGAGCGGGGCUGGCCGUGCGGCGGGGGCUGUCGCGGGCAGGAGCUCCAGUUCCUCCAGCCUGGCCUUGAAGGUCUUCUGCUGCAAACUGACCCUUUCUCACUACUCAGGCUCUGUUCACUUUCCUACAAAUGCCUUCGAGAAAGCGCUCUUGGCUCUCCCGCUGCACUAGAGUUUGCUAGCAGGAGCAAGGCAGUACUAGAAGCUGUUUUUCCUCCCCACUUUCAUAUCUGGAAAUGACCUAGAGGCCUUACAAAUACAUUUGUGCAUUUUUGUUCCGAGUCUACAAUUGAGGGCAAAUGCAAUCUGGAAGCACCACUGCUUAAUGUUACAACGGAAACAACUACCUCAACAAACAAGGAAAGGGGAAGAAGGCUUGCAAUAAUAAACACUCUAAUUUUUAAUAGCUUAUACUUGCAAAGUCUUCUGUAAACAGAGUCCAGAUUUUUUUUUUUCCCUCCAGUAUUAAGAAGAGACGCUACAAAUAUACUAAUUUGGCAGACUGGAUCUGUCAAGACAUUUAAGAUAUUUGGUCUGCUGACAUAAGGAUUUGCUUUUUCAAGGAAGCAGCCUCUGCACUGCUUUUAUAAUCGCUGUUGAUCGGUGGUUUGCUCCGCUUUUCCUGAUAUUACUAAUGGGAAAAUUGUAUUAAGGUAUUGCUUCUAAAACUAUUAUUUGCAUUGACAAAAAUAACUUUUGCGGACUGAACAGCAAGUGACAAUAAUAUGCUCGUGAAGGAAUCGUAGGUGAUAACUUCUCUGCUCCAGCAUUGCUUUUGUGUGUGCAGAGUGGAAUACCAAACGAGACAGAGCAUUAUUAAGAUACUUGGGCUUGUUUUUUGAGUACAGCUUAUAACUGCAGCAGGGCUGCACUGAACACUUAAAAUACAAAGUCAGCAAAUCUGCUGCCUUUCUCACUGCUGAUACAGAUUAUACAGACGCUUGCCUUUUUGAAAUGCCUUUUGUGAAACCUAUGUACACAGUCCUCCACUGUUACUGUACAUAACUAUAUAUUUGAGGAAGGAAUUUGACAAGUGAUUGUUAAUUCAAGAAAUCUUUGGACAAGCACUCACUUAUGUAUUGCUGUAGUGCACAAGAAAGCAAAAUGGACUAUAAGCGGCGCUUUUUGCUUGGCGGGUCCAAGCAAAAAGUGCAGCAACACCAGCAGUAUCAAAUGCCUGAGCUAGGCAGGACCCUGAGCGCACCGCUGGCAUCUACAACCCCAGCAUCCCCUUUGGUCUCCUCAGCUGCUGCGGGCAGCUGCAACCACCCUGUGUCCCAUACUACUCCGAUCGCAGACAUCCAGCAGGGAAUCUCCAAAUAUCUGGAUGCACUCAACGUGUUUUGCCGUACAAGCACUUUCCUUACAGACCUUUUCAGCAGUGUAUUUAGGAACUCACACUAUUCUAAGGCAGCUAUGCAACUGAAAGACGUGCAGGAACAUGUCAUGGAAGCAGCGAGUCGACUCACAGCAGCAAUAAAACCAGAAAUAGCAAAAAUGCUGAUGGAACUGAGUGCAGGAGCUGCAAACUUUAAAGAUCAAAAAGAGUUCAGCCUACAAGACAUUGAGAGAAAUAGUGAGCAACUGGAGAGACACCAGAGGAAAGUAGCAAGAGUAAUCAGACACCCAGGAGAUAGGACUUCAGAGGACAAAUUGAAAAGACUGGCUCUACAGAAGAGAAGACAAAGAAGGAAAAUGAGAAUUGUUCAGGUACUUGGGCGAUGUUUCUUGACGGUGAUGCAGGUCCACUUUCAGUUCCUGUCACAAGCUUUGCAGAAGGUCCAGCCAGUGGCACACUCUUGCUUUGCUGAAGCUGUAGCCCAGGAGAGAAAGAACGUUAGUGGGGCUGGAGCCUCAAACUUAAGCCCCACAAAUGAGCUAGAAGAUGCAGUAAGAUCAUGGAGAGGAGCAGCAGAGGCCACAUCUCGACUGCGAGAAAGAGGCUGUGAUGGGUGUUUGGCAGGAAUUGAAGUUCAGCAACUUUUCUGCUCACAGAGUGUGGCAAUCCCUGAACAUCAGCUCAAAGAGCUAAACAUGAAAAUUGACAGUGCUUUGCAGGCUUACAAAGUGGCUUUGGAGAGUUUAGGCCAUUGUGAAUAUGCAAUGAAGGCUGGCUUCCACUUGAACCCGAAAGCUAUUGAAGCAAGUCUUCAGGGCUGUUGCAGUGAAGCUGAAGCCCAGCAAACAGGAAGGAGACAGACUCCACCACAGCCAAUUCAGUGUGAACUGCCCACUGUACCUGUUCAGAUAGGGUCGCAUUUUCUGAAAGGAAUAUCCUUUAAUGAGUCUGCAGCAGAAAACCUGAAGCUGAAGACGCACACAAUGCUGCAGUUGAUUAAGGAAGCUGGAUGCCAUAAUGGACUUACACCACGGGAUGACUCUCCUGUUACUGAAGUACUAAAUCAGGUUUGCCCUUCCACUUGGCGAGGAGCCUGCAAAACUGCUGUACAAUUGUUAUUUGGCCAAGCUGGACUGGUGGUUGUGGACACCGCACAGAUUGAAAAUAAAGAAGCCUAUGCUCCUCAGAUAAGUUUAGAAGGAUCCAGAAUUGUGGUGCAAGUUCCAUCAACUUGGUGUCUGAAAGAAGAUCCAGCAACAAUGUCUUUGCUACAGAGGAGUCUGGAUCCAGAGAAGACUUUGGGACUAGUAGAUGUGCUCUAUACUGCUGUGUUUGACAUACACAGGUGGAAGGAAGGAAGGGAGCAAGCUUUGCCUUGUAUUCAGAUCCAGUUACAGCGUGAAAUCUCAGACUUUGGGAAUCAAGUUGACAUGCCAUCCGGAAAUGGAAGCAAGCCUUCAGGUGGUCUACAAAAGACGUUCUCAAAACUGACUUCACGGUUUACAAAAAAAACUUCCUGCACCAGUACAAGUAAUACUGGAAGUUAUUCAAUCCCCAAUACACCUUCCAAAAAUGUCUUCAUAAGUUCCAACUCAGAGGAGAAAGCUAAAAUGCCCACUAACAUAGAUGCACGGUUACAAAGCAUUUUGAACAUUGGUAAUUUUCCUAGGACUGCAGAUCCACUGCAGUCAAUUCAGAGCACAAGCAAUCAGCUAGUGAAUGGGUUUCUAGUUGAAAGACGGGACAACUUCUUCAAGCCAGAUGACAGCAAGGAUGACAAAGGUAUGAAUUUACCAACUGACCAAGAAAUGCAGGAUGUUAUAGAUUUCUUGUCUGGUUUUAACAUGGGCAAAUCCCAGCAGACUUCUCCGAUGGUGAAAAGGAGGAACUCUGUUGCAUCCUCGACAGCAACAGAGCAAAAAUCAGGAACAGUACAACAGCAACCGCAAUCUGUCUCUCUCACACCACUGCAUCCCUCUCAGCAGGGCUUGUCACAGCAACAACAGUCACAAAAGCAGCAGCAGCAGCAAAUGCAGUAUUACCAACACUUGCUUCAACCUAUUGGACCACAGCAACGUGUACCUGCCAAAUGGCUGACUAACUCUUCACAGCAGCCAGCCCAAGCUGUUGGAGCUGGAUUGUCUCAUUUAAACCAGUGGAACAAUCCUGGUUUUUCCGAUUUAAGCUCUGAUUUGUACAGCUUGGGUCUUGUGAGCAGCUAUAUGGACAAUAUGAUGUCAGAGAUGUUAGGACAGAAACCACAAGGACCUAGGAACAACACAUGGCCAAAUCGUGACCAAACUGAUGGAGUGUUUGGGAUGUUGGGAGAAAUCCUGCCUUUUGACCCUGCAGUUGGUUCAGAUCCAGAAUUUGCCCGCUAUGUUGCUGGGGUCAACCAGGCUAUGCAACAAAAAAGGCAAGCACAGCAUGUCCGUCGUCCAAGCAACACACGUAGCAACUGGCCUCUUCCUGAUGAUCCUCAUAAAACCUGGCCCUUUCCUGAGUAUUUCACAGAAGGUGAUGUGACAAAUAGCUGGUCUGGUACUCAAGGAGACUCUGCCAGCUCAAGUGACGAGACCUCCUCAGCUAAUGGAGACAGUUUGUUCUCCAUGUUCUCAGGGCCAGACCUUGUUGCUGCUGUAAAGCAGAGAAGAAAACACAGUAGUGGCGAACAGGAACCUAGUACGUUACCGUCACCACCUCUUCUUUCUGCAGCAGAUGACCGUAAUCAGGAUAAUAAAACCAAAACCUGGCCUCCAAAGGCACCCUGGCAGCAUACGUCCUCUGUCACGAACACGCUACCCAGUCAGAGUACAUCUUUGUAUCCCAUGAGCAGCCCUGUCAGCCAGUGGAGCGACACGAUGCAGAUCCUCCAGUCCCCCAUGUGGGCAGCAGCCAACGACUGUGCUUCAGCAGCAGGAAUUUCCUCUAACUUUGCCUACGCGCAGCAGCAGCAAUCACAACAGGCCUCCCAGCACAAACAGAUGAAUAAGGGCUUUAAAUCUUUUCCAGUGAAGCACGAACGCAGACCAUCUUACCUGCAUCAGUACUAAUUGCUUUUCAUAUUGGAAAAUACAGCACAGGGCCGAACAUAAAUUACAUAUACUUUGUUUCACAAUUGUGUAUUGGCUAUGUCCUGUUUAUGUCAUUAAAUAUGGAAUUGAGGGGAUUUGGGUGAGAUAGACAAACUCUUGAAUUCUGAUUUACAGUGCUGAGCAAAUAUGGCCAAUAUGUUUGUUUGAUGUACAUGAAACAGCCCAAAACUGUGAUGUAGAAAUGCUUUUAAAAAUGUGUAUAUUGCCUUUACUUUCAAAACCUUUUUUUUAAAAGAACUGCUGAAGGACUACCAUACAAGAAACACUGUAUUUUAUAGCUAUUUUUCAUAUAGAUUUAUAGUUAAACAUCUUACUGAAACACAUGGAAUAUGUUGAAGCAAAUAUAUAGUGGUCACUUUGCUCAACACUGUUUGUGUUUAAAUCUAUAACAGACAAGCUGUAAAGUCUUUGUAUUCUCCAUAAAUGGCCUGUGGGCAGCUUCUUUUUAAAUGAAGUGCAGCAGCAGCUUUUUGUGUGCCACACAAGUGAGUUCAUUAUGAUACUGCUGCAGAAACAGUUGCGAAAUUGGGUUUUGUGGUAGUUUCCUUACUCUAAGAACAGCAGAACCACUCAACCUUGUGUCACAAAUGUUACCUGAGCUGCUUAAAGUAGAUGGCAUCUGUGUGGAUAAUAUGACACUGGUUUUCAAAUAAAUACACCAUUUCUUACUGCUUCAUUUGGCCAAAGGCAUUAUCCACACAGUGCUCCUUAAGUGUGUGAAAGUAUAGCCUAAAAGACUACUUGCAUAUAUUUAAAGUCUUAUUUCAGAUGCUACAGUUGAUUAAAAAUUGUGAGCUGGCUCAGAAGAUACUAAACUGAAAUGUGGGGUAGCAGUUAGUUAAAAGAACAUUAUUUUUUUUAAAAGGAUAAAGUAAUUAUUUGCAGUCAAUAUGUGCCAUUAAGUGAACCUGUGGAAUUAGGAAUAAUCUUCCAACCAAAGUGGAUCCGGGAGAGUGAUUGGUGCUUAAAAAUUGAAGAACAAUGGUAAAUAUAUGUAUAGCUAUCCCACUGUAUAUUAAUUGAGAUUACAGAAGAUUCUUUAUAUAGUUAGAGCUUAUUUAAAUUUUCAUAUUUCAUCUUUGAAAGAGUCUAAAAACCACAAUAUUUUCUGGUAUAAGAGUUUUGACAGUAUUAAUCUUAUUUUUGUAUUUUUCUUAAGUCAUAUCAUUCUAAUAUGUUAACUACUAGUAAAAUGGGUUAUUAGUUCUAACUACAUAAUUUUUCAAUGAAGAUAAAGCACAUUUGUUGUUUUUGUUUUUACAAACUAAGUACAUCUAUAUCUAAAGAUACCAAAAAAUAAAUACAUUAUAUAUAUAUAUAUAAAUAAAAAGUAUACACAACACUAAAACUAUUAAACAUUUGGGUAUUUAAAACCCAUCCACCUUUUUUGUUUGUAUGGUGACGGGCCAUAUUUGCAGGCCCAGAUUGUUACCUUUUGUGCUGUUUGAGGAUGCCAAUGUUGCCUGUAUUUAUGAUAUUGUCACCAUGUUUUCUGAAACUUCAUACUUACCAUGUUUACAGAGAUUUGUUUGCUGUACAUAGACUUUUUACAGUAAUGUGCUUUGCACAAUCAGUGUGGCUUCUGUCUGUAAAUUGUUAAUGGUCUGUACUACUAUAAUUUUGAAAACCCUCUGCUGAAAAAUGUUGGUGGUUAUUUAACUUGAUGAAUGGUUUUGAGUUUCCUAAAUCUUGUCAUUUAGUUCUAAUAUUAAAUCCUAAAUUUGGUUGUACUUACUGGUUAUUCAUAGUAAGACCAACAUAGAAGUUAAUGAAAACACUUAAUUUUGAACUUUUUCUAACAAGUGCCAAAAUUAUUGCUAUAGUUUUUGCAGUUAAUUCAUAAUUACAAAUGCUGGCAAGUUUCUGGACCUACAUAAGUGAAUUGCGAAAUCAAAGAAAGUUUGUCUGCAUUUUGACCACGUAGGUGCUACUCUGUCCUUUGCUUCCGAUUGUUCUGAACACUGGUAAUUCUAAGAAUUGUUGCACUUGGCAAAUGAGUCUUGCCAUUAAACUUCACUUACACUGCCAAGUGCAAGGGUUUGGUGCUUAGUUAACUUACCCUUAUUGCAGUGCUUCUUGUGAAUAGCUAAUGCUUCUGAACUGGAACUGUACAUUUUGUAUUUUAAAGCUUCUGUAAAAUUAAACUAUUUGCUUUAUUAAAGAUAUACAUUUAAUAGGUCAUACCUGUUUAAAAUAUGCACCUUGCUGAAAAUGAGCAGCACCUUAACCUGUAACUUUGGUUUGUAAAGAAAGAUAUUAUUUCAUUAACAUGGGAUUAUUUAACAGUUUGAAAAUUGUCAACUGCCUAAUUACUGACUCAUCAUAUAAAAAUGAACUUUAUGCACUGUACAGUUUGAAGCAUUUUUAAGGCUACUCUUUCAAGUAGAUUGUACUGGAGAACAUGAUACAGAAGAUGCCUUAGCCGUGCCUUUGAACCAGUAGUUCAUUGCUAACAUUGCCAACACGAAGUUACUUCAAUUUUUAGCAA